AGGAGGAGGCUACCAGCGGAGGGGGUAGCCGAUUCCCGGAGAGGCUUUUCUGUUCUCGUCGUCCGAAUCAUUAAAUCGUGACAGCGGCGAAUAAAAACAAAAAUAAAAGCAUCAUAAAACAUGAUGCUCAUACCAAGAGAACAUCUUCCGUCGGGCAAGUGAAUGUCGACAGGUUUCCCACUGCCGCCUCUUCCUGGGAUUCUGCUGUCUAGCUAGUCCGUCCUGACCCGCGAUACCGCCAGGCGAUGACAGCGGCUACAGCCACUCCGCAGGUGAUGAGAGACCGGCUGCUACAGGCCAUCGACGGCCAGAGCAAUCAGAUAUGCAACAUGGUGAUAGUUAUGGAGGUGAUCUCCUAUUUGGAGAAACAUCCUAUCACCAAAGAGGCACUGGAGGAAACCCGUCUUGGUAAGCUUAUCAACGAUGUCCGGAAGAGAACCAAGAAUGAGGACCUUGCAAAAAGGGCCAAGAAGCUCCUGCGAAACUGGCAGAAGCUCAUUGAGCCAGGGAAGGGUGAAGUGUUGUCCAAAGGACACACCGGUGCAUCAUGGUCUUCCAAUGGUGGUGCUCAUCCCUGCAUCUCCAUUCCAGCUGCCACCACACCAUCAGGUAAAACAGGCGCAGAGUUGAAGAACAGAAAUGACUUCAACAACUGCUACUCCUCGAGGCUGGAGAAACCAAGCAACAGGAAACGUAAGGGUGACCAGAAGGAAGGACAGCUCUUACCAGCCAAGAUAUCCAAAACGACUCUUAAUGAUAUAAUACAUAACUCCAAACAGCUGCCAACCAAUGGAAUAGGCGGUAGCUCGGAAAUCUUUGCGGAUACUUGUGCAAAUCAGCCUUUAGACAGGGAGAUUUCUGAGCCAUUGGAUAAUGACAGGCUUAUUAAAAUCCCAGUCAAUGCUGUAAAACCUCAUCCAAGUGGCCUGGGAUACAGCAAACCUCCUAGCACUUCUUCUCUGCUAAAAGCAUCAGUUCUGCAGCAGCAAGCCAGACAAGAGCAAGCUGUCUCUGGGGGGCAGUAUCGACCCAGAAGUCCACGCUGUUCUUUGCACAGUCCUCAAACUCCAAAGCAGGAAGCUGGUGUCAAACCAACUACAUCACAAGCACCGGGUCUUUCUAGUCCCACUUUGAGGCCUGGGUCGGUGGACAUUUUUGGGCUGGGCCCUUCCACUCAGCCUUUCAGUGGUUGUAUUCAGGGUUUGCACACAGACGGUUCAGAUUUGGAUUCUCAAAGCAGCCCUCCUAUUAUGUCUCUUCACAACUCAUAUGCCUCUUGCUGCAGUGACGUGGUCAGUUUAGAGGAUGAUGCUGUUAGCAGAACAGAGAAAAGGAAAAGACAGAAAUACAGGCCUAAGGACCAUGUGGUAAAUUUAGAUGGACAGACUGUAGAAGAUAGCACUAAACCAGUCAGGUUAAAAGACAGAAGACUUGUAUUUGACCCUGUAACAGGACAGAUCAAACCCUCCUUUCAUAAAGAGUCUUGCCAUGAGGGGGAGGUCAAACUAGGCUACAGACCUGAAUGUCAGUUGUCGGAACAGCCAAAGCAGAAUCCACCGGUUCCUCCCAGUCCCUUCCAGCAGACAGACUGGAAAGAGCUGUCGAGGAGUGAAAUAAUCCAGUCGUACCUAAGCCAGCAAUGCAACGUGCUGACAUCGUCAGGCGCCCACACCCCUGGUGCACACUUUUUCAUGACAGAGUUCUUGAAAAAAGAGGAACACCGAAGUAUAGAUGUCAAGAAAACACACGUGUUGGCAGCAGAACUCCCAGCAAGGGAUUUACCAGGGGUAAGCAGAGAAGUCAUAAAUGAAGAUCUGAACAGAUUACACAAGCAAAACUGGUCCGGGGUUAACGGUUGCUAUGACACAAAGGGUAAUUGGUAUGACUGGACCGAGUGCAUCUCCUUAGAUCCGCAUGGAGAUGAGAGCAGGUUGAACAUACUGCCUUACGUUUGUCUGGAUUAAAAUUGAGGUAGGGUUUCUGAAUUGGAAGUUGUAAGCUGGCCUUCAUCGUAUAGUGGAGUAACUCUGCGUGUAUGAAGGCACUUUAUUUAAGUGUAAGCUGCCAAUUUGCACCAUAGGUGAAAGUGGAGUCAAUGUGCUGCCUCCUUGGUUGUGUGUGGAGCGCAGGCGGUGUAAUCAGUGUUUUAAUGAGUUUUUGUUUUUUUUAACAUUGUGUGAAGACAGCGUUAAGUAAAGAGGCUAUGCAUUAUCUGACCAUUUAGUUGUUGGUGUUCAGUAACUGUACAGAUUUAAAUUCCCAAUACCUGCCAUUCUUUGAAUGGGAAAUUACAUUAAACUGCCCAGCUAAGUUUCAUUUGUAUUAUGUUAUCCACAUGCCUUUUGAAAUGAGACUUUUCUGCAUCCACUCACACUGACAUAGUGCACUGUUUUCAAUUUGAAGUUUA